AUACUUGUCAUAUAAAAUUAUAAAUUUCCAAGAGAUUCGUUUUACGCUAAUAAAGCCGAUGUACCGGAUGCAUUACUGGAAUAUCCUGUUUCAAGUGGCUCGGUCUUAAUAAAUAAGUGUGCUAUGUAUUUCAGUCCAUGUGGAGUUCCAGUUUUGAAAGGAGGUGGUACAACACGUGGCUAUCAGCUGAUGCGUGCGCGUUCACCAACUUUCCAGUUCUAACUGAUUUUGGACAUUACAUCAGUCACAGUUUAGAUAUUGCGGGGAUAGUUAUUAACCAAGGCUUAAAAGUUCUAUUAAUGAUACCAUUUAUAGUUCAUUUACAAACACAACAAGAAGGCAAUAUAUCUAUAACAAGAUUAACCACAUCUAUAAUACGGAAUCAGGGAAUUCUAGCUUUGUAUAAUGGAUUAAGUGCUUCUUUGCUUCGUCAACUGACAUAUUCAACAAUUAGAUUUGGAGCAUAUGAAGUAGGUAAACAAACAUUUGAAACAUCUGGACAAUCACUAUUAUUUUACCAAAAGUUAUUAUUGGCUGGAUUAUCUGGUGCAGCUGGUGGUAUUUUUGGAACACCAGGAGAUGUAAUUAAUGUACGCAUGCAAAAUGAUAUAAAACUUCCACCAGAACUAAGACGAAAUUAUAAGCAUGCUUUAGAUGGAAUAAUACGUGUAAUUCAACAAGAAGGGGUACGUCAUUUGUUUAAUGGAUGCUCUACAGCAACAUUAAGAGCUGCAUUAAUGACUAUUGGACAAUUAAGUUUUUAUGAUCAAGUUAAAAUUAUGUUGUUACAAACUGGUUACUUUAAAGAUAAUCCUGUAACUCAUACAGUAUCAAGUGUAUUUGCAGGCGCUGUGGCUACAACUCUUACACAACCAUUGGAUGUUUUAAAAACACGUGCAAUGAAUGCUAAACCGGGAGAAUUCAAGAAUUUAAUGGAUCUAUUUUUGUAUACUGCUAAGCUUGGGCCAUUCGCAUUUUUCAAAGGUUACGUACCUGCAUUUAUCAGAUUAGCUCCACAGACUAUCCUUACUUUUGUCUUUUUAGAACAAUUAAGAACUAAUUUUGGAUUCUAUCCUUCUAAUAUUCAAGUAUCAUAAAAUUUAAUUAACUAUCUUGCACAUAACAUUCAUCUGAAAUGUUCCAUAGAGGAAAAAAAUUAGCAUGUGACACUAAAAAAAAAUUUAUGCAAAUAUUUGUCCUGUUUGAAGUUGUCCAAUUGCAACUAUUUUAUAGCAUAUAUAAAAUUUUACCUGAUUACAUAAGUUUUUCAUCUUCUUUUUUCAUUUUUUAUGUUGUAUCAACAGCAAAUUUUUAUAAAAUUUUAUAAUAAAGAAAAGGAAAUUCAAAUAGGACAAAUAUUAUUUUUGUAUGUUAAAUUUACUGUUAAAUUUAUGCCCAAGUUUUAUGAAAUAUCUUUGGUAAGUAUUUCAUACUUCUUUUUCAAUAUUGUAUGAACUAUAUUUUUACAAAUAUUG